AUAAAGUUUGCAUAUACCGCAUCUGCGCUUUGUCCAGCCCUCACUUUCGGCGACGCAGCAGCGGCCUCACUCACAGCACUGACUACGCCAACUUUUUACGUGCCAAUGGACCGACUUGACCCGAUCGAAGACACACCGGUGAAGAGGCGGAAGUUGGAUCACACGAGCGAUCUGAGUAGUCAGAAGGCGUGGAACUCUCAGGAAGACGACGGAGAACAAUUCACCGAGAACGACUUCCAGACUGCCGCAACGCUGCCCAUAUCGAACACGCAGAAACGGCAACUGCAGUAUAGUCCGGCACAACUACACGCAGAUCUCAACACCUCGUCAGCACCACCACAGCGACCCUCGCAAUCUUCAUACAUCACCCAGCCAACCCAACCGAUACGCCCGAGUCCGGAUGUUCAGGUUCCGCGCUCCUCGCCUACUGCACCCUCGCCGCAGAGACCGGCUACAAAGCCUUCAAGCAGUCUGCUGGCCCGCGCAAUAGCCCCUCCAGGCACUACUUUCCGCCGACCACCGAAUGUGCAGCCCAAGCCGACACCAGUGAACCUUGACGACAGCGAUGAUGACCCACCUGUCCAGCACAGUAAUGAUGAGCCAAAGCAGAGCUUCAGCACCAACCUCAAGCCGACCAAUUUCAAGAAAGCUGGUCGUGGUCCGGAAGAGCGUAUUCGAGACUCUCCGCGCCAGACACCAUCCAAUAAGACCACGCCCUUUAGGGCUAUGGUUUCUGAGUUCAACUUCAAGCAGCCUGUAGGACCUGCUCGGCCGGCUGAUGACAUGGCCAGCGCAUACGGGAGUGCCUCGAGGCCGCCGCGGCUGCAGCAACUCGCACCGAGACAGACUGGACCAGCACGUGCUAUACCCAUUGGGUCACCGACGCUGAUGCCACAGUACAACACCAUCCACGAUAUACAAGACUACGUCCUCCGAAGCAAGGUUAUGCCGAUCCAGUCGGCAUUUCCCUACUUCUCAAUUAGCCAGAUUGUAAGAGCGCUGGAGGCUAGAAGAGGCAAUGUACAUGACGCUAUGGCAUAUUUGUGCGAAGUGCAAGAAAGGGCUAUAGCAUCGCCUGAUCCACUCAAUCAGAGUUCCCCUUUCAAUCAGAGUCCUGUACAGAGAAGGGGUAUGGCUACGUCAACGUCACAACAAUUUGCGACAGCCCCGACGCAACCUCCUCGCAAUGCUGCUAAGCAGGACAUUCGUGCCAAGCAAACUAUCGCAGAGAAGUAUCGUGCCUCGAGGAAGCCGGCGAAGAAGAUUGUAGACUCCGACGAUGAAGAUGAAGACGAGGACGAUGUCGUCCUAUCGAAGAGCAGGACAAUACGGGGUCGAGAACCAUCGCUUACACCACCCUCUUCUCCGCCACUUGCUCCUCGCUCGCGGCGUCGACUUCAGAAUAAGACUAUUAUCGAGGUCGAUUCAGAUGAUGGCGAAGAGGGAGAAGGAGACUCUGGCGUUGUUGAGGAUGCUGCUAGCGACUUUGAGGAGGAUGCUAGACUUAAGUCCUCGGAGCAAGAAAUCCUAACCGAACAAGUGCAGGAGAUGCGCGAGGAACGACUGCUUAAGAUGCUGAAUGAGUGCACCAUCCACGAUCUGGCAGAAUUGACCGCGAAACCUCAAGAGAUGAUCCAAUUUGUUCUGGAGAAACGGCCAUUCAACACCUUACACGAAGUACGAGAAAUUGUUCAAGAGACGUUAACAAAAACUGGAAAGAAGUCGAAGAAGUCUAAAGCUGUUGGCGAACAACUUGUCGAAGAGUGUAUGGAGGUUAUGUCUGGUUACGAUGCUGUGGACGAACUUGUUGUUAGAUGCGAGACACUCGCGCAACCUCUACGUGAAGCCCUCAAAGGCUGGGGUGUAGGAGAGAUGGAUGGCGAGCUUCAGCUUACAAAGCUCGAAGAAGCGCACGACUCCGGGAUCGGCACUCCUGCUAGCUCGACGGCAGACGACAAUGGUCCGCAGAAGCCAAAAUCCAAAGACUGGAUCGAGCAGCCGAAGAAUAUGAGCACUGAUAUGACCAUGAAGGAUUACCAGCUCGUGGGUCUGAAUUGGCUGUACAUGCUUUUCAAGAGGAAGCUGUCCUGCAUUCUAGCAGAUGAUAUGGGUCUUGGGAAGACCUGCCAAAUCAUCGGCUUCCUGUCACAUUUGCAGCAGCAAGACGUGGAUGGUGUUCACCUGAUCAUCGUCCCGGGAUCAACGCUCGAGAACUGGCUGCGAGAGUUUGAACGCUUCGCCCCCAAUCUGCAUGUCCGACCAUAUUACGGCGCUCAAAGCGAACGAGCAGAGCUUCAGUAUUCCAUACAGGAAGACUGGGCUUCGAUCGAUGUUAUCGUUACGACCUAUGACAUGGCGGUCAAGAAGGACGACAAUAGAUUCUUGCGAAAUCAAGGUCCAUGGUCGGUCUGUGUAUACGAUGAAGCGCACAUGCUUCGUAACCCAAAAUCGGACCGUUACUCCCAGCUCACCCGUAUCGGCGCGGACUUCAAGGUCUUGCUUACGGGCACACCGCUACAGAACAACUUGCAAGAGCUGAUCGCCAUCCUGGCCUUCAUCAUGCCGAAGAUGUUCGAGGAGAAGCGUGACGACCUCGACUUCCUCUUCAAGCAUAAGGCUAGCACAAAAGACACCUCGCAUGCUGCGCUGCUAUCCAGCGACCGUAUCUCUCGAGCACGAUCGAUGAUGACACCCUUUAUCCUGCGACGAAAGAAGCAGCAAGUGCUUGAUCUACCCAAGAAGGAGUCGCGAGUGGAGUACUGCGACAUGACGGACUCUCAAGCUGACUACUACGCUCAGGUACUGGAGGACGCUCAGCGCUUCUUUGCUGAGAAGAGCAUGCCUGGUGCAAAGAAGAACGCGAAGAAUGGCAGCUCGAAUGUUAUCAUGGCUCUUCGCAAAGCGGCUAUUCAUCCAUUGCUCUCCCGUCGAAUCUACGAUGACAAAAAGAUCGACAAGAUGGUUGCUGCUCUCAAGAAGACCGAGGACUUUGGCGAGAACACACCUGAAAAAAUUCGAAGCUACAUCAAUGGCGAUGCAGCGGGGUCGUUGAAAGGCGGUGAUUUUGGCCUGCACACCUUUGCCUACGGACAUCCCGCCCUUGCAAAGCGCUUUGCCCUCAAAAAGCAAGAGUGGAUGGACUCUGGCAAAGUGCAGAAAUUCAAGGAGCUUGUUGAGGCGUAUGUCGCGAAUGGCGAUCGGCUACUUGUGUUCUCGCAAUUCACCACGCUAAUGGACAUUUUGGAAGCUGUGCUGGAGACUCUCGACAUCAAAUUCAUGAGACUGGAUGGCUCGACGAACAUGGCAGAUCGACAAGAGAUGAUCGACACCUUCACCGAUGACACGACAAUCCCAGUUUUCAUGCUAUCCACUCGUGCUGGUGGCGCUGGUAUCAACUUGGCAGCAGCGAACAAAGUCAUCAUCUUUGACUCUGGCUUCAACCCUCAGGAUGACAUUCAAGCGGAGAAUCGUGCUCAUCGUGUCGGCCAGACUCGCGAGGUUGAAGUCGUUCGCCUCGUGACUAAGGGCACCAUCGAAGAGCAAAUCCACGCGCUUGGAGCGUCCAAGCUUGCUCUGGACGAGCGUGUUGCUGGUGAAGGCGCCACUGCCGCGGAAUCUUCGCAAGUCGAGAAGCAAGGCGAGAAAAUGGUCGAAGACAUGUUGGCCGAGCAGUUGGUCAAGAAAGAAGUCGCCAAAAAGGAGGAGGGGGAACCUGCGGAGGAGCCUGCUGAGGACCUCAAAGACGCUUUCGCGAAAGGCCUUGCGGGCGAAGGGGUGGAUGUCAAGUCGAAACAGGCACAGUUCUAGGGAAGCAAGUCAGUGGCAGGAACAUUGUCCGCCGUACAACAAUGUGCGAGAAGGCGAAGCGUGAGCUGCAACAUCGACAUGAUUGAACGAUAAUGUUGGAUUGCAUGAAUGAAUGCAUAUUGGUCGCGAGACAGUGUCUCUCGACAUGUAUUUUGGAUUCGCAUGGCCUGUACGAGUGCUGAGGCGAGGAAAGCCUUUCGAAUCGCUCGCCGAAAUAGACGUGGUCGAGCUCUUGGAAGGAAACGUCGUGCAUGUAGAAAUGUACAUCAGGAAGAGAAGAGCGUUGACUCUUCGAAAUGCCGU